GUGGAUCCUUAUAACCGCGAUGGUACCCUGUUAUUCUCGCAUAAGAAGCAAGAGCACGUACUCCGUGGACAUUGUGCCUCGAGAUCAGCAAAUGGGAAUCUGGUCACAAAGUACUAUACUGUGAACGAUGUUAAAUUCGAUCCUCAGUGCCACACGAGAUUUCUUUCGACCGGAAACGACUGUACCGUCCGAUUGUGGGAAUACGGUUCUGACAGCGAAGGACGCGAGGAUUCGGACGCCCCUGAUUCCUCUUCGCAAGUGGUGAAACUACUGAACACGGUCAAACACAUCGGAGUUCCGCUCGAUCUCGUGUACAAGCCCGAUGGUGGGGUGCUUGCGGUCACAUGCCAAAAUGGAAAGAUCAUCAUUUAUCCGUCUUUCCAGCCUUCUAGCCGGAAGAGCACUGCAGUGUUGAACGUCUCACCUGUGAAUGUGACAUGUCAUGCGACGGGUGCGGUUGUGUGGGGCCGGGAGGCGACAGCUGCCUAUCUGUUCGCAUCUUCAGAGCCGCAUAGGGAACAGGACCACCAUGGAUAUCAUCGCGCGUUUGACGUUGUCAAACAGAAAGAGGCGUUCGUACUCGGUGCCAAGGAAGCAGGAGAUGCGAUGGCUAUUGAUGCUCGAGGUCAGAACCUUGCGCUGUUCACAUGUGGCGAGGCUGGGUCGCAUCCUGUUCGGAUAUACGACGUGCGACGAAAAACGGGACGGGCUACUAGCGAGAUCGAGUUGCAUGAGUUCCAUCGAGCAGACGACCAUGAUGAGGUGAACUGUGCAUCAUUCAGUCCUGAUGGGAUUUUUCUGGCGGUGGGGCGGAGCGACAACACUCUGCAUGUGUAUGACUCGCGAUACCUUGGUCGGGGACCGCUGUACCGCUUUUCGCACGAAGAUCCGAAUCAAGGAGUGGCAGGUAAGAGUUAUGGAGUGGUAGAAGCACAGUGGAUAAUGGGGAGAGAUAGAUGUAAGCUGGGGCUUGUUUCGGGAGGGAAUGACGGCUGCGUGCGGAUGUGGGAUGUGGGGGUUGCGUCUGGGGAGUACACGAAUGGAAAAGCUGUGGCUGAGGUUGCGUAUGAUGUGGCGCACUUUACGCUGGGGGAUCCAUUCGCGGGAGAGAGGGGUCUGGUGGUAGGUGACUCUGGUGGACGAGUCUACGAGUUCGAUCGACUGGAUGGGUCUGGGCAGGCGUGGGACCGCGAUCUAUAGCGCAUAUUGUAGAUGACGUCUUCGCAAUAGAGUGGUUGUUUUUACCU